UCUCGUGAAGAUGUCAACUGCAGUUUCGCAGCAAAUGUCCCUAUUCAGAUUCCAAGUCGAGAGCCGUAGACUGGAUGAAGGAACUCUUCGAAUUCUCGAGUCCGUUUUAGCUUGGGACGAUUACGAAUCUCUGGAAGGAGUGGUAUGUACUUUGAAACAGUUCAUGAGACACGAAUCUCUCCGAAUUAUUGAGGAAAUCGCUGGAAAAGCUGCAGAGCAUAAACUUCUGAUCGUAGAUUUUCUAGUUCGCGUUUUUGCUCUCAUCGGAGAUACUGAGCGGAUGCAAUAUGCUAAAUCAAAGUCAGAUUGUAUUGCUAAGGCAGAGGGGACCUAUGACAAGAAAAAGAAACAAGAUGAAAAAGGUUACUUCAUUCUGUUGUAUAUUAUUCACCUGCUCCGUUUCCUCUUAAGCUUCUCAUUGGUUCCAAAGUGCGUGUCAUGGAUAAUCAUCUAUGGAAAUGUUAAAAAAUUUUCCUUCUGGCGAAAUUCUUUUGUUACAGCUCAGCUAAAUGGAAUAUUUUAUAGUUCAACUGAACCAAGUGCUCAAGAUGUUGCGGAACCAAAUAAUAUUCUCUUCAUACAGAAUCUGCCCCACGAGACAACAAGUAUGAUGCUUGAAGUGCUUUUCAAACUGUAUCCUGGCUUUAGAGAAGUUCGAAUGAUUGAAGCGAAGCCAGGUAUUGCGUUUGUGGAAUUUGAUGAUGAUGUCCAGUCUUCAGUCGCCAUGCAGGCCCUUCAAGGCUUCAAAAUCACACCCCAGAAUCCCAUGGCAAUCACCUAUGCCAAGAAAUGAGCAUUCUUAAUUCCAGUACAUGCUGGUAUUGUAUGUUCACCCAUAGGUCAGAUGAGAGGAAGAUGUAGACGGCCACAUGUAUUAUACACUUGAGCAGGCAGGCUUCUUUUAAGCCUUGAAGUCUUUUGGGUCUUUGUAGCUAAUUAAAAAUGUUUUAAACAAUUUGAUUUUAUGUACUAGUGCUGCCGAAUCCUAAGAAAAUACGUGUUUGAUUGUCUGGUAUUUUG